AUGUUCCAGCUAGUGGAGAUAGUUACAGGCAUGAUUUAUGGAAUUCGACGAACUCGCAGCUUUUCUCUGGCUGUAGUAAUGCCGGUAUCAACUUUGCAAAAUCAUCUGGAUCGGUAUGUGUUAAUUGUAACCAGUGGAGGCUUAAAUCAACAAAGAACGGGGAUAAUUGAUGUUUUCCUUUACACUUACUUUCCACUUCUACUUUUGGCGACGACUCACCAACUUAUUCAUGGGGUUUCACAUGUUUGCUCUGAAGAUGGUGGUGACACAACAUUAAUUAAGAUGCGGCAAAUGAAAAGGCAUAUAACCCUGAGAAACUUGCAUCUGAAGUCAUUACUUCUUCUAAAAGUGGGACUCGGGUUGGUUUUAUUGGUCUUGGAGCUAUGGGAUUUGGCAUGGCAACUCAUUUGGUUAAAUCAAACUUCAGCGUUUUUGGUUAUGAUGUCAUAUUUUGAGCAUGAUGGAGGUGCUAAAGGAAAAGCUUCAGGGCAACCAAAUUAUGGUGGAGGGGCAUUCUACACUACUAACCCAGGAAGUGUUUCCCCUGCAACUGUUAACAUUCCUCUUCAUAUGCCAAAGGAACUCAAAGCAAGGGAAAAAGAACUUCAAGCUAGAGAGGCUGAACUGAAAAGAAGGGAACAGGUCGACCAUCAGAAUUUUCCUCAAUGA